CACGCGAUAAAGUGUAAUAUCAUCCGAAGCAGCUCCGUGGAGAAAGGCGGUGUAAACCGGGCUCGAAACGGCGGCGUUGUUCCCAGUACAGUGUUUGCAGCUGAAGUUAGUGCCGCUGGCGGAGUGAUAUAUUUGUUGGUUAUUUACAGUACGUUUAUAGCACGCGCUCAUGAUAUACAAGAUCGCGUGAAGAGUUUAAUUUGUUAUCGCGCACAAAUUUCCGCGUCUCUGUCAAACCCCGGCACCUCACCAAGACUAAAGGGAUUUUUUACGUACAGCCUACAAUCACCUGUCACUUUACCUCCUGAAACAAUUGAGCUGGCUGCACCGUAUCCAAUGGUUCCGCCCCAUUGUUCCCUUUUCUGAAUUCUGAUUGGAACAAUGGAACAUCAGUCCAGUACAAACAAGUGACUGGCAGGAGAGUGCAGUGGUCCAGCCCUGUGGAUGCUGAACUGGCAGGGAGGUUAAACGCAGCGCUGGAACUGAAGACGGCCGCAAAUAAGCAAGUCCUUGGAGAAGAAACUGGCCAACAAGGAUAAUCAUCAUCAUACUGUUUUUAAGUCAUGAUGCAAGAGUCGGGGACAGAGGCGACAAAUGGAACGGCCAAUCAGAACGGCACCCCACCUAGUGUGGAGGGACACAGAGAAGUUCGAUCCAAGAGUGCCACACCUUCCUCUGACAUCACAGUGUCUGACCUUGUCAACUUCCAGCAGCAGCAGGCCUUACAAGUUGCACGACAGAUCCUUCUCCAACAGCAACAGCAAAGCAGAGCCCACAAGUCCCCAAAAAACAAUGACAAGCAACCUGCACCACAGGUCCCAGUUUCUGUUGCUAUGAUGACACCACAGGUCAUAACUCCUCAGCAGAUGCAGCAACUCCUCCAACACCAAGUUCUGAGCCCACAGCAGCUCCAGCUGUUACUGCAGCAACAACAAGCACUGAUGUUACAGCAGCAGCAACUCCAGGAGUUCUACAAGAAACAGCAAGAACAACUCCACCUUCAGCUCAUCCAGCAGCAGCAUGGCAGCAAACAUCAGAGUAAAGAGGUGUCUGCGCAGCAGUUGGCGUUCCAGCAACAGCUGCUCCAGGUUCAGCAGCUCCAGCAACAGCAUCUCCUGAGUCUGCAGAGACAAGGGCUGCUGUCCAUUCAGCCCAACCAGACUCUGCCCCUGCACUCCCUCACUCAGGGCAUGAUUCCAGCCGAACUGCAGCAGCUGUGGAAGGAGAUGACAAACAGCCAUGUGAAGGAGGAGAACAGCGCGACCAAUAACGGUCACCGGGGUCUGGACCUGUCAUCCCCCGUUCCCCCCAAAAACCACAACCAGCAUGGAUCCACCAACGGCCUGUACAUCAGCCACUCGCUCAAGAGAGAGGGAUCAACGUUGGAUGAUCAUUCUCCUCACAGUCACCCUCUCUAUGGUCACGGAGUCUGCAAAUGGCCAGGAUGUGAAGCCGUGUUUGAAGACUUUCAUUCAUUCCUGAAACAUCUGAAUAAUGAACAUGCCUUGGAUGACAGGAGCACGGCGCAGUGCAGGGUACAGAUGCAAGUAGUUCAACAGCUGGAACUGCAGUUAACAAAAGACAAACAGCGUCUCCAAGCAAUGAUGACUCAUCUUCAUGUGAAGUCUACAGAGCCCAAACCUGCCCCACAGCCACUGAACCUGGUCUCUAACGUCACCCUGUCCAAGACGGCUCCUGAGGCUUCGCCACCCCUCAGCUUACCCCAAACGCCCACCACCCCAACGGCCCCCCUAACGCCGCUCUCACAAACCCACUCCGUUAUCACCCCCACCAGCCUGCACAGUGUCGGUACCAUGCGCAGACGCUACUUGGACAAGUACAACAUGCCCAUAUCUCCAGAUAUUGUUCAGAACAAAGAGUUCUACAUGAAUGCUGAAGUACGACCUCCUUUCACAUAUGCUUCGCUAUUACGACAGGCAAUACUAGAGUCACCAGAAAAACAGCUAACACUAAACGAGAUCUACAACUGGUUCACGCGAAUGUUUGCAUAUUUCAGACACAAUGCAGCGACGUGGAAGAACGCAGUGCGACAUAACCUUAGUCUUCACAAGUGUUUUGUGCGGGUAGAGAACGUUAAAGGGGCGGUAUGGACCGUCGACGAGCUAGAGUUCCAAAGGAGAAGGCCGCAAAAGAUCAGCGGAAGUCCAACUCUAGUAAAGAACAUCCAUACCACUUUGGGAUAUGGUCCCGCUCUUUCUGCAGCCUUCCAGGCUUCAAUGGCAGAGAACAACAUACCUCUAUACACUACCGCUUCGAUCGGAAGUCCCACUCUUAACUCGCUUGCCUGCGCCAUCCGAGAGGAAAUGAAUGGGGCCAUGGACCACGGGAACAGCAACGGUAGUGACAGCAGCCCUGGACGCUCGCCCCUGCCAGCUAUGCAUCAUAUCAGCGUAAAAGAGGAGCCACUGGACCCCGAGGAGCACGAAGGUCCCCUUUCCCUUGUGACGACAGCCAAUCACAGUCCAGACUUUGACCACAACAGAGAUUACGAGGAUGACCACGGUCACGAGAUCAUGCUGUAAGCCUGGUUUCUCCCAGGUCCUCUGCUGAAGAGGCCAUACUAACUGCGGUCACCUGUGAGACCACUCCAGAAAUGGCAAGCCCAAGACUGGAUUCCCAAUCCUCUUGUUGACAGCUAUUAAAAUGUUCCAAUUUACUCUUAGUGCCAUUGAAUACGAAACAAAAUACGAGAUAAGAAAAUCUAUUCCAUUUGGAAGUAUUUUUGAUUUGUUUCUACUUUUCGGUUUAAAGACGAGACGUGUACAUUUCUACUCAUCGCCUGAUGAAGAGUCGUUUGGUACUGGGGCCUGCUUUUACUUCCUUUUGGCAUAAGUGUCACUGAGACCAGAGCGGACAUGAAAACACAGCUGAGAAAGACUCAUUAAUAAACACUGAUCACGAACUCUCACACACACAAAUCAUAAGCGCUUUAAUGAGCGGGCCUCUCACAGUGUGCGUGUACAUAUUUGACUUUAAUUCAUUGUCUCUGCCUUCCGAUCUUCUCAAAAGGGCCGUUCACCCAAAAAUGAAAACUCUGCCAUCAUUUGCUCACCCUUAUGUCGUUCCAAACCCGUAUGACAUUCUUUCUUCCAUGAAACACAAAAUGAUUCGUUUUGAAGAGUGUACUUGGUUGCUUUUUCAUAUGAUCAAUAUAAUGAAAGUGAAUGCUCUUUCUGAGUUCAUAAGAGAAGUAGGGUUGUCUGAACUGUGAGCGAAUCACUUUAAGUCGGAUCUUUUUAGUGAAUUAGUUGACGUUCAAAACCUACUGACUGAUUCUCAAGUUCAGCUUACUGAUCAGUGAUCUGCUCAUGGCUCAAAGAAAGGCAAUGUUUUCAGUGAAUGGUAACUUAGAUUUUGGAUUCUUAGAUUCUUACCCAAAUCGAUCUACAACUUCAGAAGACUUGGAAUAUAGGAAAACAUUAUGGACACCCUUUAUGAUGCUUUUAUGUCGCUCCACUCCUCAUUAAUUGUAAUUGCAUGAAAAAGAGCAGCUGGUACACGCUUUAAAAUGUCUUAUUGUGUGUUUUAGGGAUAAAAGCAAAGUCAUACAGAUUUUGAACAAGAAGAUUUUGAAUAAAUGACAACAUUUUCCUUUUUUUUAAGUGCACUAUUCCUUUCAAAUUCGCUGUCAUCGCAGCUGGAGGAUAUCUGUCUGGUGUUUUGAGGAUUCCUGUGAGUGUCUUCUCAUUACUCUGUGCUGUUAGCUAUAUAUCCUUUUUGUUGGGUUUGUUUGUUUUGGUAACUGAUCAGACCUCAUGAAUAAUGACAUGGAGUUAUGGCGUGCUUAGCACUGGAUGAAUGUUAAGGCUUCUCAUGCUCUCUUUUUUGCCUCUUUCUUUCCUUUCGAAAUUGAAACAGAAUGUCGCAUUACCGUGUAGUAUUUUUCUGUCAUUUGUUCCUAGCGUUUCGGAUCACCACUUUGCAGUCACAUUGCCCUUGCGUGCCGACACAAACACACACACACACAACUCUCUCUUUCUCGCUCAUGAAGUCCAUCUGCAAAUGCACUACUUGUAAUGAAGGCUCCCUCUCCACGCACCAAUGAAGUUUAAUUUUCACGUGGAAUGAAUGACAGAGAAAUCAACGCAGGUUAACGUUUAUCGUUCUGAAAUUAUACUUUCAAAAAUCCCCUUUUGUGGUGAUGCAUGUUAGCGUCAACCAAAUCGCUGAUCGAAACCAUCAUCUGUACUGCAAAAUGAAAUGUCAAAAAUGUUGAAAUAAGCACCAGGGAGAAGAUUGUUAGGCAAAAGCUAAUUGUGAUUUCAGAGCGUUAUUGUCGGCAUAUAUGAAACUUUUUUUUUGCCUUUUUAUUCAAUUCUGUCAUUUCAAAGACUUUAAACUGCAUUCCCUCUAGCUUCAAUAUCUGACUCGCCACAUCAAUGACCAGCUCAGUCUCUGUUAUUAGACAUGAUAAUAAUUGCACACGAGAUAAACGUUAAAGGGGUUAUAAACCGAGGCUGACGGCACAGCCAUGACCACUGAGCAUUACAGCACUGGGGCAGUCCACUAUGACCAUUCGCUUCUUGCCACAUCUCCUUGGAAACAAUCGUUUCCGACUGGCUGUUUCCACGCAGGCCUUUUGAAUCCGGGAAGCAACUCCGAAUUGGAAGCUCUCCGAAUUGGAAGCUGCUGUUACUGGCUAGUUUUUAUUAAAAUUUUGGGACUGCUUAAGGAUGAGAACAGACUUUAGAUUAGGCUUCUACAAAUCGUACCGACUGCGUUUUGUUUUUCGAAUGACUGCAACCAACCACUUUCUGUGUUCUUAUUUAUUACUUCCAUUUUUAUUGUCAUUUUGUUUUUACUUAAGUUGAUGUUUAUGCAUCUCAUCUGUGACUACCAAAGAUACAAGAUACUACAAGUUGAUAUAUUCUAUGUUCCAUGCAAUAGCUAAACGAAAGGCCAAAUAUCCUUAUAGUGUUCCCCGCACUGGCCGGACGCAAGAAUUAUGAAAUGUCUGUUACUGUGUCUGGCUUAUUAUGGUGAAGAAGAAAAAAAGCCAAAGGGUUGUUCGAUGGGCAGCUGUAUGUCUUUGCCUGUUACCAAAAUAGUAGAUCGAGACCAACACACGACCAAAUCAAAGCAAUGUUGUCUUUGGGCCAAUGAAAAGGAAAAAAGGGAGUGUUCUAUCGGGAAAUGAUGGCUAUAAAGGAGAAGGAUAUGGAUGAAAGAGUUUAGGACUGUUCACUGUUGUCACAGGAAAUUUAAAUCCAGGAGGGGGAAAACAUUUGCAUAACACAAUGUGAAUUAAACUUCAAACUGGACCACACAAUGAUGAGUUUCAUUUGUUCUCAUACUUUAGAAUUUUUUUUUGCCAUUUUAUUUUUUUAAAAAAUUGUAUGCCACUUACCUUGUAAAUUCGAACCGGGAUUCCCAAUGUCCUUUUGUUAACCUUGGCAAUGCUCUAUGAUGUUUUAGUGUCUGUCAACUUAUUACUUUUUUAUAUUAAAAAACACUCCUGUCAACCAAUAAGCUGGGUACAAGGUACUUUAAUGGCAGUUACUACUCUUUGUAAAUUUAUCCAAGCAUUUCGUAUUGAUGAGAAGGAUUCACUGAAAUGAAUGGAGCAUCCGGGCAGCUGCAGUGGGACAGAUUCGGGGCUCAUCUGAGGGCCGUUUCUGAUUGUUAUUCUUGAGCAGGUAGAUGAGACCAUUCACCGCAUGUGUAGCUCGGCAUUACUGAAGAAAUACAGCAUGAGAAACUGUUAGUAUGCAUACCUCAAUUCAAACCUCUAGGGAAUGAGUAACUAAGAAAAAGAUGUAACUUUUCACUCAGUUGCACUUAGUUGUAUGUCUUGCAUGUUUAGUCUAAAACUAUUUUAAGAAUUUUUUUUUUUAAUGUAUACAAAUCAGAGCUUGUUUAUCAUGAGGGUCUCUUUUUUUCCCUUCUUUUAAACCAAUCCAAACCUCAGGCUCUUUUGUCGUUAAGAAACGCCACUCAGCUUGCUUCAAUAUUAUCUCUUCUUCAAUUUAUUUUGCUUCUCACAUGCAGUAAACUGUUUCCUGUCUCUGCUCUUUUAGCUCAUGUUGAAGUAGGUUGUACAUACACCACAUUAUAGCUUGUGUGUCCUCCCAUUUUCUCCUGAUUCUUUUCAAAGAACAAAAAAAAAUACUGUUUGUAUCACCAUGUUUGCUUUAUCACAACUGCUUUGUAUUUACUAUUAAAAAAGACGGAAAAC